AUGGCUCACAUCGGGAGCAGGGCUCCUCUGCUUUCCGCCGCUGUGCGGCAGGUGUCGCGCUCGGCGUCACCGGUGAGGGGGUUCCAGGUGUUCCUUAUCGACGGCUACUCGUGGACCAAGACGCUCCCCGUCGGCGUGGGCAUCAGCUCGGAGCACUUCGACGUCGGCGGCCGCAACUGGCGCAUCGACUACUACCCCAAUGGCAAGCACCGCGCCGGCGACGACUCCGACUCCGACUCCAUCUCCCUCUACCUCCAGCUCGCCGCCACCUACAAGCAGAAGGAGACCGUGCGGGCGCAUUACAAGUUCAGCCUGCUCGACCCCUCCGGCAACGCCGCGUACGAGCUCCCCGCCGCGACGAGCGUCUUCACCUGCGCCCGCGGACCCUACGAUCCUCCCAGCGGCGACGAGACGGCGGAAGACAUCGGCGCCGGCCUCCCCGACUUCAUCACCAAGGAGGAGCUGGAGAGGCGCCGCGAGACCCUGCUCAGGGACGACUGCCUCGCCAUCCGCUGCGACGUCGGCGUCACGCAGCUCGGCGUCCUGACCGUCGCGCCCAAGGAGACCCACAACGCCAGGUGUGUCAGUGAUAGUAUACUUUCAAAAAUUAGAAGUAUUAUGCAAAAUUAUGGCACAUAA